ACAAGCUAGAAUAGCUUAAACCCGCGCGUCCUCAACCGCAAGGUCCUGGUGCGAGCUCCAAGAACCGAGGAGGAGCCAGCCGCGGCGGGGACGAUCGAUCGAUGGAGGCUGCGGUGGCGGUGGCGGUGGAGGACGAGAACAAUAGGAAGGUGUUCGUCGUGGUGCCGGCGGAGCGCAGGGCGGGGCGGUCGACGCUGUCGUGGGCUCUCGGCCAUCUCUGCGGCGGAGCCACAGCCACCACGGUCGUCGUCACGCACGUGCACGUCCCGCCGCAGAUGAUCCCCGUCAUGGGAGCCAAGUUCCAUGCCAGCAAGCUGAGCUCGGAGCAGGUGAGCUCCUUCAGACGGAUGGAGCGCGACAAGGCGGACAAGAUGCUGGACGACUACGUCCAUGAGUGCCGGAAAACCAAGGUGAGGUGUGAGAAGCUGGUGAUUGAGAAGGAGGAUGUCGCGUCCGGCCUCGUCGAGCUCAUUGGCUUGCGCGGGAUCACCGAGCUGGUGGUUUCGGCUGCCGCGGACCGGCAGUACUCCACAAAACUUGACAGGCCUACUUGCAGGACAGCAGCAGCGAUAAUGCAGAGAGCUGAUCCAUCGUGCAAGAUCUGGUUCGUCUGCAAGGAGCAGUUAAUCUGCACCAGGGAAGCGAAAGUAGAGAUUGCAUCAUCUGCUGUCACUGCACCGUUGCUCCCUCAUCCUGGCCAUGAAGUCCUUCGUUUGUCAACUCACCAGGAAGAGGAUGAUGAUGACAUUGAGGUUGAAUUGGGGUUCUAUGAUGAACUCACGGAGGCAUGCAGAGCAGCCGAGGACCUGAUGAACAGAGCUCUAAACGAAUCCCGCAGGCGCCACAAGGCAGACGAAGAAGUGGCCACAUCUCUCCUGAAAGCGAAAGAGCACGAGGAGCUGUACCUGGAGGAGGUGAAGAAGAGGGAGGAGCUCGAGGCAGCCCUGGUGAGAGCAGAGAAAGAAAUUUCAGAGCUACGACAGGCAAUCCAGCGGGACACGGUCGAUGAGGAAUCCGGGGAGGCGACGGCGACGAUGUCGGCCCCGGGACUGCAAAGCACGAGCAAGGAAGAACCGGAGGCGGUGCUCUGGCACUGCCAGUGCCAGUGUCAGAGGAAGCUGGCCGCCGCGUCGUCUCCGUCGUCGGUCAUCAUACCAUGGUCGCCUCGUGCCGACGAAGAUGGGUUCACCUGCGAAGCCGGCGUGGCCGGGUGCUGCUGGCUCGACGGGAUGCCGUCGCCCGAAGGCGUGGCCAUCGCCGGCGUCGCCCUACCGCUCGCGCGCCCCAGUUUUGCCCUCCGUGCCGCGGUCGAGGAAUACACGAGGCGGCAGCAGCAGCAGCAGCGGUGCCCGUUUCCUUGAAUGUAUUUUCGAUCACUCACGCUCACCUGCCAAUCGCGUGAUGCAAUCCAUCCAAGAGGAUGCCCGAUGUUGUGCUCGAGCCGACGCCACCGCGAUAGGAUACGUCAUCCCGGAGAGUUAGCCUUGCGUAGGACUUUGGGGAUGAGCACUCCCUCCUCCUCGUGCUCGGGCCAUCAUGUUUGCGCCUGCUAGUGUAUGUAAUGUGAGGUAUCUAAUCUGUGCUAUGCUUCUGCUCCAUCUAUCGAUGAAAUGAUAUGCAAGCUUUGCAUAUUCGCGAAAAAAUAAAAUGGUCUGGUGCGU